UUCCCCCUCCCGAGCUAUUGUGCUGUAUUCGUGUACGGACAGAUGAACGAAGGACUUUCACUCGAUUGAUUUCACCUCCUCCAUCUCCAGACAAUUUUUCUCAGAUUGAUUAGUCCAGCUCUGGCACGCUCGUUAUGAGAUUUACCAAGAAAAUCGCAACUACCACAUGAUUAAUCCUCUCGGUCAUGACACAAUGUCUCGCAUGACAUGUCCUUCUUCGGUGCUCUGGAUCGAUCAGCGAGCUGUUCGAUUUCACGUCGGAUGAGCUCUCGCUCUCUCCUCCUCACAUUUUUGUGUCCAAAAUGCAACAUUCGGUCCGUGGCGACAUCAAGAAAACCGCUCUUCUUUCAUGCCGCCCAUAAAUUGAAUCAAAACGUCUCAUAUAACGCUUCGGGGGAGAUCGGUGCUCCUCUGGUAGAUAACCAGCAUGGUACCAGUGAAGCUGCUGCCAAGCGUCUUCUCUCAAGACCGGUCAGCCACGGAAAACGCACAGCUAAGCCCUCACCAAAUCAUGUGAGAAAAUGGUCCUCCUCGACUCGCUGCCAGAGCCUUAGUCAACCUGUCUUCAUGCAGGCUUCGCGUGAGGAUUUCAAAGAUCUGAUUGAUCAUUACUAUGACCCACUGGAUGGGAGAGCAGAUCUGCAAUGUCAUGUACCACCAACCUUGCUGUUCGACACGACGACAGUGAAGCAUGAGAGCUUCGAAUUGCUCUCAGCUUCGGACGAUAAACCAAGGCCAGCACCAUCCUCUGAGGAAGACUGUUCCAUAAAUCGAUUCACUGCGGCUAUGGCAAAGGACAAUAUUUCAAAUGAUGACUUAUUUGAAAUAUAUAAGACCAUACCUCGAUCGUCAUUGAAAUCAUUGCCGGCCAAACAGAUACGGCGCCUCUUACAUCGUCUUAUAAUUGUCGAGAAAAGAAACGAGCGUACGAUGUUACAGUACCUAUCAAUUGUUGAUGACAUGAAAGAUGCAGGCAUACCAUUGACCUCGGGAGAAUGGAGUAGCGCUAUUGCUUUCGUCGGACGAUGCUACACCAAAGUCUCAGCCGCCGAUGUGAGAUCGGCCCUCUACAUUUGGAAAGAAAUGGAGGCAGAUGCAGGCGUAACAGGGACAAACGUGACUUUCAAUAUUUUGUUUGACAUCGCGGUUAAAGCAGGUAAAUAUGGCCUGGCAGACAUGAUUUUAAAAGAAAUGCAUGCAAGGCGAUUGGAGUUUAAUCGAUUUACGCGUGUUGGAUUGAUAUUUUACUACGGAUUACGAGGCGACGGCGACAGUAUUCGAAAGGCCUACCGGGAACUAGUUGAUGCUGGGGAAAUAGUGGACACUGUGGUGCUAAACUGCGUCAUUGCAUCGCUGCUCAGAGCUGGUGAAGCCGGUGCCGCAGAACAAGUCUUUGGUCGAAUGAUGAAAUUACAUGCGAAGCAAGCAGGCACAAGAUUGUUACCACCUCGAGAUUGGAGGACAUCGCGGAGGCUCGGCAGAGUCCUUGCAAGAGCUUCAAGGUUCUUCCGCGACAAACCAGAAGCCCGGAUGGGACUGCAAGCUAGCUCACCUGUCGCACCAGACCUUCGCACUUUUUGCACACUUCUCACCCACCACGCGCUCGAAACGGGCGAUGUGGAUAAGUUAUCCUACUUCCUCGACGAAAUGCGCUAUCUUGAGAUUCCUGUGCACGGCCGCAUCUUCCUCAUUCUCUUCCAGGGCUUUGCAGUUCACGGUUCAAAAAGGUACAGCUCUUGGACGACGUCGCUCUUAGAGACUGUUAUGGAUGCUUUUCUCCAAGCAUUGCAGGACCGCCCUGGUGAUAUAUUUUGGAGUAAAUGGAUGACGGUACGGAUUGUUCGUGCGUUCAAUGUUUGUGCUGGUCAGCAAAGAGCUCUAGAGAUUUGGCAAGAGAUACUUAGCCGGUGGCAGCCUAGACCAGAGGAGCUCGAUGCCACCAGCAAGCUCCUGUGCAGCAUUUUGACGCAACCUGAAUCAGCAUCUAGCUCAGGCAAGGAAUAAUAGUGUGGCUCGGCGUGUUUUCAGUUUCGAAACCUAUCUGAUGAAAUCAAUGAUUAUAAUGAAGUCAAGUCAGUUUACAAAUUGAAUAUGGAUGAUCCAGUUAUGCCGCAUAUACUUCUAUCUUAUAUCAUGACGCUUUUUGGAAUAUGAUUCUUUGAGGCCCAGGGUGCAUUCUGCCUCGGAGUAUCAAGGUGCAACCGAGAAGCUGGCGGCAUG